AUAUAUUAUAUAUACAUCAUUUCUAAGUAUUGGGCGCGCUCAGAUGGACAAAGUUAUGAACACCUACAUAGCAAGUGCAAAACAAGUUCCUUUAGUAAUAGAAUAACAUCGUAUAGGCACCAUACUCAAUGAGGUAUUUAAAAAAAUUCUAUUGGACAACUGAACUGAUUUUUCCUAUUGGCUAAAGCGUAAAACGACAGGACGUUGUGAUUGGUCCUUUCGUGGAAAGCGAGCUAGCGGCAUAUUUUUUAAAAUGACAAACUAAACUUGUGUUUAAAAUGACACAGACACAAAGACACAAAAACACAACAACGCAUAGCGACGCCUCGGCGGAACCCUAUGUACGACCAAGUUCGUUCUUUGCUUCCAAAUCAGUUUGUCAAUUUGUUUUUUACCCUUUCCCAUCCGUCGCCAAUCGACGCGCACAUUCCCCCCUGUUGCCAGGCAGAUUAUGUUAAUAUAUGCAAUGCGGCCAUCUCUGCAGCUACCAUUCUGAGGUAAGGUCUACUUGUGCGUUUUCAUUAAAAUCGUCAAAAAUCGAGGGCGCCGUCGCGCCAAACCCAAAGUUUCGCCGCCAAGGCUCGCCAUUGUAAGUAUCUAUUUCAUAGUGGUGGACGGCCCGCGUUUCUCUCUCGGUAAUAAUGUGCGUGUUUUCGCGGGUCCGUUCAUCCGUGGUCGUUGUUGUUUUAGUCCCACCCAAAAUGGAGGAGCCUCCUUCCUCGUUCUGCGGCAGAAUCAGGGCUGGGCUCAACUAUGGCGGGGGGACGGGUGGGUCUGUUCCAAAUAUUCGGGGCUCGCAGAAAAUGUGGACGUCCGUGCCGACGAGGUGUCGCCGUGCGACCCCCACACACUAGGCCCCCGCCGCAAGCCCCAGGAUUCCCGCCAGCUGCAGGUGUGGCGUGAGCGGCAGAGGAGGCUGUAGGAACCCUUUCCGAGGGGAGGAGUAGGGUGGCUCUUAUGGAGACCAAGCAAGAGGCAUCCCCUGCGUGGAACCAAGGUGCCAGCGGCGAGCCUGGCAGUACCACGCAGGUACACUUUGAGGCCGGUGCUGUGGCCCAGAUCGUGUACAGCGGCGAGCAGCCGGAGCGCGGGCAGCAGCAGGUAGUCUAUGCGGCUGACGGCACGUCCUAUGCUGCGGUGGAGCCGUCGGAGCACACGUUGGUGUAUAUCCACCCGGCUGACGGCACGCAGGCCGUUUUCACUGACCAGCCCCAGGUGGCGUACAUACAGCAGGAUGGAACCACCCAACAGGUGACCGUGUUGUUGCCCAGUGGGCAAAAUAUGAACACAGCCAACCUGCAUGUGCUGAGUAACGUUGCAGAGGCACCCUCUGCUAUUCUGGAGCCUGUGUCUCAGGGGGCGCUGUCUGUUUCCAGUGCAUCCCUUCCCACCCUGGCGAGUGUGGGGGAUCCCUCUACCAGCCCUCUUGGGGCCACGGACUCGACAGUGGACUCCGAAGAUGAGGAGGAUGAUGAGGAAGGGGACGACUCAGACCUGGAUGACUGGGAGCCGGCCCCCCUCCAGCCAUUUAACCCCCAGACUCUCUGGUGUGAGGAAUGUAAUAAUGCCAACCCCUCGGUGUGCCUGAAACAUGGCCCGCUGCACCCCAUCGCCAACCGGCCUGUGCUGUCCAAGGCGCGCGCCAGCCUGCCGCUGGUCCUCUAUGUGGAUCGCUUCCAGGGCGGAGUUUACUCAAAGCGUCGCAUCCCCAAGCGCACACAGUUUGGUCCUGUGGAGGCUCCCCUGGUCCGGCAGAGCGAACUGCAGGACGGGUACAUCCACCUCAAGGUCUGCAUGCUGGACCUGGCCAAAGAUGGAGAGAAGAAGGAGGACCUGUGGCUGGAUCUCUCCGACGAGGAGCUCUGCAACUGGCUGAUGUUUGUCAGGCCCGCGCAGAACCACUUGGAGCAGAACCUGGUCGCCUACCAGUAUGGGCCAGACAUCUUCUACACUACCAUCAAGAACAUCCAGCCCAAGCAGGAGCUCAAGGUCUGGUAUGCAGCAUCGUAUGCCGAAUUUGUCAACCAGAAGAUCUACAACGUUACAGAUGAAGAGAGGAAAGUCUUGAGGGAGCAGGAGAAGAACUGGCCGUGUUACGAGUGUAACCGCCGCUUCAUGAGUUCUGAGCAGCUCCAGCAGCACCUGAACAUGCACGAUGACAAGCUGGACUUCGUCAGCCGGGCCCGGGGCCGGAGUCGUGGCCGGGGAAGGAGGCGGUUUGGGACGGGCCGCCGGCCAGGGAGGCCUCCGAAGUUCAUCCGGCUGGACACCCCUGCAGAGAGCAAUGAGGAUAAGACCAAGGAGAUGCUGGCCUUUGCAGGGAAGGGGGCUUUUGCAGAUGCGGUGGAGGGGGCCUUGAAUGGGCUGAAGGGGGUGGAGCUGGGGGCGCAGGGUGCGGCCAUGGGCCAGAUGGACGCCCAGACGACGCUUUCGGAAAUGCCCCCUGGUGCAGAGCCUGCCGCAGACGCGGCCCCCCCACCCUCUGGCACCGACACCACCUCCGAGCCUACCAAGGAUGACCCGUCCCUCGGAGGCCAGCUGGACCCCCACCUGACACCACAGGACAUGCGACGGGCCAAACGGAUUCGGAAUGCUGCCCUUCAGCACCUCUUCAUCCGAAAGAGCUUCCGGCCCUUCAGGUGUUCUCGGUGCGGCAAAGCCUUCCGGGACAAGGACAAGUUAGACCAGCACUUCCGGUACCACGGCCGGGACGGCAGCUGCCCGCUCACCUGCCACACGUGCAACAAAGGCUUCCUCAGCAGCGCCGCCCUAGAGGAGCAUCUGCACCUCCACGCCGAGCAGAGGACCUACUCCUGCCUGUUCUGCACAGAUUCCUUCGACCGGCUGGACCUGCUCAAGGAGCAUGUGGGGAUCCACCUGGUGGACGGCUGCUUCUCCUGCCCGUCGUGCAAGAAGACCUUCACAGACUUCAUCCAGGUGAAGAAACAUGUGCGCAGCUUCCACUCAGAAAAGGUCUUCCAGUGUACGGAGUGUGAGAAGGCCUUCUGUCGGCCCGACAAGCUACGCCUCCACAUGCUCCGUCACUCGGACCGGAAGGACUUCCUGUGCUCCACCUGCGGCAAGCAGUUCAAGCGGAAGGACAAGCUGCGGGAGCACAUGCAGCGCAUGCACAAUCCGGAGCGCGAGGCCAAGAAGGCGGACCGCAUCCACCGCUCCAAGACACUGAAGCAGAAGGUACCCACCACGGACUUCGAGAGCUUCAUGUUCAAGUGCCGGCUGUGCAUGAUGGGAUUUCGGCGUCGCGGCAUGUUGGUCAACCACCUGUCCAAACGACACCCGGAGAUGCGGAUCGAUGAGGUGCCGGAACUCACACUUCCCAUCAUCAAGCCCAACAGGGACUACUUCUGCCAGUACUGUGACAAGGUGUACAAGAGCGCCAGCAAGCGGAAGGCGCACAUUUUGAAGAACCACCCGGGGGCCGAGCUCCCCCCCAGCAUCCGCAAGCUGCGGCCGGCCGGCCCCGGGGAGCCCGACCCCAUGAUCAGCACGCACACCCAGCUGACAGGCACCAUUGCCACGGCACCCGUCUGCUGUCCUCACUGCGCCAAGCAGUACAGCAGCAAGACCAAGAUGGUACAGCACAUACGGAAGAAGCACCCGGAAUUUGCGCAACUUGCCAACACGGUGCAAGCGCCCCUGGCCACCACUGUCAUCAGCAGCACGCCGGCCGUCAUCGCCGACGGGGCCACUGCGGAGGCCGUGGUGACCACCGACCUCCUGACCCAGGCUAUGACGGAGCUGUCCCAGACGCUGACCACAGACUACCGCACGGCCCAGGGGGAUUACCAACGCAUCCAGUACAUCCCAGUGUCGCAGGCGGGGGGUGGACUGGGCCAGCCGCAGCACAUUCAGCUGCAGGUCGUCCAGGUGGCACAGGCCUCAUCUCCCCAUUCCCAGCAUUCCACGGUGGAUGUUAGCCAGCUGCACGACCCCCACAGCUACAGCCAACACUCCAUCCAGGUGCAGCACGUGCAGGUUGCCGAGCCAGCGGCCCAGGUGGCCGGUCAGCCGCUGAGCCCUUCGUCCCAGCAGGCGGCCCAGGAGCUGAGCCCCGCCCAGCUGACCCCUGUGACCCUCGCCCAGAGCCACGCCUUGCAGACGUCAUCCUCCCAACAACAGGGGGCAGUGCAGCACGCCUACCUACCCGGAAACUGGAACUACAGGGGUUACUCUUCAGAGAUCCAGAUGAUGGCGCUCCCCCAUGCUCAGUACGUGAUCGCGGAGGCAGGAACUCCAGUCACGGCCGUAAACACAGGCCAGGUCAAAACGACCCACUACGUCAUCUCGGAGGGGCAGACGGAGCUGGACUCCAAGCAGGCCGGCGUAGGUGCGAGUGUCACCCCGGUACAGACCGAGCAGCUGGAGCAGCAGCCGGCCACCACGCAGUACAUCAUCACCACCACCACCAAUGGUGGGGGCGCCAGCGAGGUCCACAUCGCCAAGCCGUGAUGAUUUAUCGACCACGUUGCCCCCACCGACUGGCGAGGGGGGGCCUGACUGGCCUUGGACACUGACCGUCAGAUGCCAAAUUUGCUCGGGAAGCUGAGAGGAGACAUUGCAGGUUUUAUUUUCUGGUUCAGAGGCGUCUGUAACCACCUGCCAUUACCCCCCCCCCCCCCCCCCGGUGAUUCCAAAGCCUCAUUUUGACCGGCAGUCUCGCUUGGCUAUAUUUCAGGCCCAAGUGAGCCGUUAAAGCACCUUAAAGCAAAGAAAACGGGGCAGAGGGUCAUGUGACCGAGACGCCUUUCACGGAGUGGUUAGACUCUAUGGAACGCAGGAUUGGCAGCUGCUCUGGGACGGCUGGUUUUUCCGGAACGGCCAACCAGCCCCUUUGUGUUAAUGUUGCAUUCCUCAUUCGAUUUUACUUUUGAUCAUGUUUUCACUGCAUUCAGAAAACCUGUCUCUCCUCUUCAGUGUUGUGGGAGCAGAAGAUGGAAAAAGGCUAGUGUUACAUACGUCAAACCUGACGCCAUCGUGCCCCGCCCACUGAGACCCCUAAGAAGUAUUAACUGGAAAUAAGCUUGAAUCGGGAAGGAAGAACUAGUGAUUUGUGACCUGAUUUUGUUUUUUUUUUUCCCAGCAGCCCCAUUACCCACAACGCCCUGUUUCAUUACAUGGCUGAACGCAUCUACUAAAAGCCAAAAAUAGACCGUAACUGAUCAGAGUCAGACCGUCUGUAAAAACAUGGUCAGUGGAAGGAUUGGGAUUGACCGUGUGACUCUGCCUUUUAAGGUGCACUGUGAGAACCCUUUUGCAGUCUGAGCAGACUCUAAAGUCCCGUUCGCAGUUCUGUCUCCAUGGUUAUAACCCCCACUGACUCCCAGCCCUUAAUCCCCAGGGGCCGUCACCCUUCUCAGUGUGUUGUGUACUUUCAGCUGUGGCUUCCAGCAUCCGGGGGCACAGAAGGGAGUCCUUUCCCAUAUUUAUUUUCCCAAUUUUCAGAGCAUACUCUCCGGAUAAACUUGUACAAUGUAUAAAAAAGAAGUAUUAUUAAGAACGGAUUAGUUUCCUUUGCUGUACAGAGAUUCCCAUUGUUUCAAGUAAAGCUGUCCUGUUGUCAUUAGUGUUGGAAAAUUAAAGAAAUCGUUUUAUA